CGUCUUUAGAGAAAGCAAGAUGGACGCCAAUAGAGUAUACUCAGUACAGGUCUUAGCACCAGAGACCAGCCCGGACUCUCCUUCGGAAACGGAGAGAGCUUUUCUUGAUUUCUUGUCCGGCUUCAGAGUCAAUGGCGAGUUUACUUAUCGUGAUCGCCUCCGUUCUUCUCUUCUUCUACACCACCACACACUCGAAGUCGACUUACGAGAUCUACACAUGUGGAACGAUGAAUUAGCCCAAAAAGUUCAGGUCAAUCCAGGUGAUAUGAUCCCAUUACUGGAAUCUGCCCUUUUACGAUUGGCCAGGAUGUUGUUGCAUCCUACUCGAGAAGCGGGACCUUCGAACGAGGGCACAGAGGCGGUACCGGAUAUGCAAGUGACAGUGAAGAGUGGGAUGAAUUUGCUUCAAUUUAGAGAACUCAGUGCAAACACGCUUACCACCCUCGUUCGUCUACCAGGAAUCGUCAUCAAUGCCUCUCAACUCACCUCCCGAGCCACACAAUUACAUCUUCAAUGUAAAGGAUGUAGGAGUGUCAAAACUGUUAAAGUGCCCAAUGCUAUUGGGGGAGAACGUUCUGCUUUACCAAGGAGAUGUGAUGCCCCGGCACCAGAAGGUCAGCCCAAAGAUUGUCCCCUGGACCCUUAUGUGAUCCUCCAUGACCGUUGUCGGUUCGUCGACCAACAAAUGAUAAAACUCCAAGAAGCACCCGAUAUGGUUCCUGUGGGAGAAUUGCCACGACAUAUGAUGCUCCAUGCUGAAAGGUAUUUGACUGGAAAAGUGGUACCGGGAUCAAGAAUCAUAGCCACGGGUAUAUACUCUACUUUCGCGCCUUCGAAGGGGAAAAACACAUCCGGAGCACCAGCAUUACGUCAACCAUACCUACGCGUGCUGGGCAUAGAACUCGAUACUUCUCUCGCUUCUUCCCCCGGUUCUAGAGUGUUCACUCCGGAGGAAGAAGAAGAGUUCCAGCAAUUAGCAAGGAGUGAAGGGUUGUAUGAAAGGUUUGCUAGUAGUGUAGCUCCUAGUAUCUAUGGGAAUCUAGAUAUCAAAAAGGCCGUCACUUGUCUGUUGAUGGGAGGAAGCAAGAAGAUUUUACCAGAUGGAAUGAGGUUGAGAGGUGAUAUCAACGUGCUUUUAUUGGGUGAUCCGGGUACCGCAAAAUCACAAUUACUUAAAUUUGUUGAGAAGGUAUCACCUGUUUCAGUUUAUACUUCUGGGAAAGGAUCUUCAGCAGCUGGUUUGACAGCUUCCGUUCAACGUGAUCCCGUUUCUAGAGAAUUUUAUCUCGAAGGAGGAGCAAUGGUCCUAGCUGAUGGCGGCGUGGUUUGUAUCGACGAAUUCGAUAAGAUGAGAGACGAAGAUCGAGUAGCGAUACACGAAGCUAUGGAACAACAAACUAUUUCAAUAGCCAAAGCCGGUAUCACUACAGUUUUGAACUCUCGAACUUCGGUUUUAGCAGCUGCCAAUCCUGUGUUUGGAAGGUAUGACGAUAUGAAAAGUCCAGGGGAGAAUAUCGAAUUUGCUACUACUAUUUUAUCAAGGUUUGAUUUGAUUUUCAUUGUAAAGGAUGAACAUAAUGAAGCGAGGGAUAGGACCAUCGCAAGACACGUAAUGAACCUUCAUAUCGGACGUCAAAACCUGGAUGAAGCAAUUGGCGAGAUCGAUAUAGACAAGAUGAAACGUUAUGUUUCAUAUUGUAAAUCUCGUUGUGCUCCAAGGUUGAGUACGGAAGCUGCGGAAAUGCUCAGUUCACAUUUUGUCAGUAUAAGGAAAGAAGUACAACAGAUUGAGAGGGAUAAUGAUGAGAGGAGUAGUAUACCUAUCACCGUUCGUCAACUAGAAGCUAUAAUUCGAAUCUCCGAAUCCCUGGCCAAACUAACACUCUCCCCAACAGUCCGAUUAGAUCACGUAGAAGAAUCAAUCCGUUUAUUUAAAUUCUCAACUAUGGAUGCCGUAUCCGCUGGAAACGUAGAUGGUAUGACUAGAUCUGAAUUGAAUGAUGAAAUCGAUAGGAUCGAAAAGGAAUUAAGGAGAAGAUUACCUAUUGGUUGGUCUACGAGUUAUCAAAGUUUAGUUAGGGAAUUUGUCACUCAACAGGGUUAUAGUCAACAUGCUUUGGAAAAAUGUUUAUGGGUGAUGGAGAAAAGGGAAAUUGUUAGGUUUUCAGGUCAGAAAAAAGUCGUUCAUCGGACUGGUGUUUGA